AUGAAGUUUAUUCAAGUGUUGAACCUUUUCUUCCUGGCGGCCUCUGUGCUAGCUGACGGAGAGGGAGACCCCGAGAGAAACCGAGGUUUCUUCCGAACUCCCACCACGCCGGAACCAACACCGUCUCCUACAGAGGCACCUGCGUCGGGUGCUCCUUCGGAUGGUCCCACGGAUUCCCCCUCUGAUUCCCCCACGGAUGUUCCUUCCUCGGCUCCCACUGAGGGUUCCUCGGGAGAACCUACGAGUGUCCCCUCCUCUGCCCCCACCAACGCCAUUACUGACAGUCCCACCCGAGCCCCCCACCCAUCGGGUGCCUGUAUCAAGACCAUGGACGGAAGUGGCAAGUUGUGUCAUUCCUUGAUGAGUGAUCAUGAGGAUGCCGCUGACGAGGAAGAAGUAGCCACCAUUUGCGUAGAGUUGGUCGAUGACCAGCUCAAGGCUACCUUUGAAGCCGUCGGCGACUGGUACAUGGUCACCAACAAGUUCUGGUUUGACGAUGAAGUCGGAACCAUCCCUCGUCUUGGUGAUGGAUCCGUCGACAUGGAAUCCUUCCCCUAUUUCCUCUGUAACUCGACCGGGUUCAAGGAAUGGAGUUUUGAUGCCGAUUUCGAACCCAUCGAAUACUGUGACCGCCUCGAUGUCUCGUCGCUUCAGAUUGCCAUGGUCGCCUACGCUGAGGUCGAAAAGCCAGGCCGCAAUGGAAAAAUGAAGCGCAGCACUGUCCAAAAAGUCUUUGCCUACGAACAUUCUGUUGGGUACGGCAACACCUUUUUGGGAUGGAUGGACUUUGAGGUCGAUUGUGAGUGUGGAAAGGAAGAAGAGAAGAUGUGCGACACCACGCCAGAGAUCUACUUGGAUUCCCCCAUCUCGCCUGCUUGUCACGCCAUUGUAGCCGGUGGAGCAGAUCAGCAGUCUGUCAAGGCUGGUGAAGUCUGUGUCGCUAUUAAUGACGACGGCAAGUUGGACGUCACCUUUACCGCCGAUCAUAAAUGGACAUUGCUCCGUUCCCAGCUUUGGGUCGGGCAAGAUACGGAAGACGGUAAUGGUCUCGCGGCCAUGCCUCACAAAAAGUCCGGUGCCCCCGAUACGCGAAAGUUCAAGAAUUUUGCCUGUGACUGGGAGGGAGAAAAAUCCGUCUCAUUCACAAUCGACUUGAAGUACGAGUGUAUCGAGGAAGUGGAGGCCGUCAAGUUUUAUGUCGUGGCCCACUCCAAGGUCGAACAAGUCACGGACACCGGGGAACUCAUUCCCGGUACCGAGCAGGAUGUGUUUGCCUAUGAGUAUUCCGGUGAUAGUGAGAAGUGGUAUGGUUGGUUCGAUUUUGAUAUCGGAUGCAAGUGUACCUUGCCACCCACCCAACCACCCUCCUCCAUGCCAUCCGAACUCCCUUCGGAAAUGCCUUCCGACCAACCCUCGUUCUUCCCUACUGCCAACUACUGUGAUUCCAUGGUGGCGGACGAGGACGUGGACGAAGUCUGCUAUGAUAUGACCGCUACCGAGGCAUGGGAAUCCGAUGCCGGAACUGUCUGCAUUUCCGUGCAUGAUUCCACCCUCCAUGUGACCUACAGUGCCACCAACUAUUGGGCCCUCUUUGGAACCGCUGUCUGGUGGGGCACCGAUGCUUACAGUGGCCACCUCACGGAUCAGAUUCCCAAGAUUGAUGGAUCCGAGACACCCGACUUGGAUAAGUUCACUGCCAUUACAGAAGACAUCGAGGGUGCCACUGUGUACUCGGUCAAGAUGCCUCUUCAGGAGUUGGAAUGUGAUCGUUUCAAUCAAACGCUUAUCACGGUGGUGGCUCAGGCCCUCGUUGGAGAAGCCUGUAUUCCUCCCAAUGGAACCUACAUCUUGGGCACUGACCGCAAUGCCUUUGACACGUCAACCCAAGCUCCAUCCAUGUGA